UAUGCACAAGUCUUUCAAUUUUCAUUAACUCAUCUAAUUUGAGAGACAAGGAAUGCAAAAAUCAAGAAGCCUGGGAACUUGAUGUCCCGGGAAUCCAUUUUCCAUCAAUACUAAAAGCCUAGAUACCUGAGACCUCGAAACUCUGCAGCAUGCACCUAGAUAUUCUUCAAAUUUGUCUACCUUCAUCUUGUUUUCCAACUUCAUGAUCUCUAAAAUUUGUCUUGUGAGACUGGACACUACCAAAAGGCUGCCUAAAACCAAUGCAUUUGUUGGUUCAUAAUUCCACUCUCUUCUGAUCAUGAUAUAAGAAAUGGUGUUGGGGGAGGCCCUGUAACAUAUCAUGUAUGAUUUUGGCCAGCUUCCUUGUCUAAGAGCUCACAUCGGGAACAGUCUCUGCAUCUCCACCAAUGUAGAAGAAAGUAUCGUCCUAAAGGUGUAUUCAAAAGCAACUCUGCUUCAUUUUGAUCAAAUUGCAGUAGUUACAAACAAAGUGCCAAUACCUACUAUCAGUGUAAUAGCACUGAAAAAAAAUACUAAGAUAGCAUUAUCUUUCAUAUAGCUACAAAUGUUUACUGUUAUACAAGCAGCUUAGCAUCUAAUCACAUGCUCUGUUAUUAAUAAUAUACAACCAACCCAACUCACAAGGGCCUUACUCUUGGACACUCACAAUUUCUGAUCUUGUAACCCUUGUUAUCAGCAGACACAGUACACUCCUUGAUUUGUACAGCACCGUCCACACCGUCCAUUCUUAGUUUUCUCCUCCCAAUGGCCAAUGUACAACACUUUCUGGAUGGCACGUGACAACCUACUUCUGCAAUUUUUUUUUUUUUUCCUUUAUAUUCAUUGGUCGGUGAUACUAAGGAAUCAUAGCACUGAAAUUGCUUCCCCGCCUUUGUUUUAAAUUUUAAUAACUACUUAUUGAGUUGGAUCAGCAUUGGCUUUGCCUAUAAAACCCAACUCUCUUCAGUGGGAAACAAAAGCAUAGUCUUCAUUAUCAUCUAUUGUUUAAAGCACUUUCCCAUUUAGCUUACCACCCGUGUUCUCUAGCGCCUAACAAAAUGGCAGAUCAGCACCCACAAGAGGAUGCACCUAUGACAGAUGUGGAUGUAGUUAAAGUGUCAAAACCCCAAAGGGAAGAGAAGAGCACUCUCACAGAAGAGCACCACCAGCAUCAUAGCAGCUCUAGUUCGUCUGAUGAUGAGGAACAAGCGGGGGAGAAGAAAAAGAAGAAAAAAGGAUUGAAGGAGAAGAUUAAGGAAAAGAUAUCACAUGAAAAGGAAGAACCUAAUGGGCACAAGGAUGAAUCAGUUCCAGUAGAGAAAUGUGAUGAAAUGUCGAAGGAAGAAUUAACAAACCCAGAGGAGAAGAAAGGGUUUCUUGAGAAACUCAAGGAAAAGCUUCCUGGCCAGCACAAGAAAGGUGAAGAGGCUGAUCAUGCAACUCCAACUGAAUGUGCCCCAGACAAACAUUCACCAGAAAAGAAAGGAAUCUUGGAGAAGAUAAAGGAGAAGCUGCCAGGAUCCCAUAAGAAUGGAGAAGAGAAGGACAAGGAGAAAUAAGAUGGAAACUGAUUAGGGGACUUGUCUUCAGGAUAUUGACUGUGUUGUUGGCUUGUUAGGCUGUGUUUUUCUGGAACGCUUCCAGUGCUUGUAUGUAUUUGAUUUGGUGAUUUUGGUUUCUUAACUGUUUUUCUAGGGUGUUAUUGUAUUUGCAUCUAGGCCAGCGAGUUUGAAUCUUAAACCAACUUAAAUGGGAAAUUUGGAAGUCUAGAAUAGCAUCAUUGCAUUUUUCA